CAGGUCGGCGACUUCGGGACGGCGCUCUGUGCGGCCGCGGCGGAGGGCAACACAGAGAUAAUACAGAUACUGCUCGCGGUUGGGGCUAAUAUAAAUCUCCAGGCUAAGGUCGGCUACCUCGGGACGGCGAUCUGUGCGGCGGCGUCGUCGUGGGAAAACAAUAUAGAGACGGUACAGAUCCUACUCGCGGCCGGGGCUGAUAUACAUCAGCAGGCUAAGGUCGGCUUGUUCGGGACGGCGCUCUGUGCGGCCGCGGCGGGGCCGGAGGGCAACACAGAGACGGUACAGAUCCUGCUCGCGGCCGGGGCUGAUGUAAAUCUCCAGGCCCAGGUCGGCGACUUCGGGACGGCGCUCUGCGCGGCGGCGGCGUCGGAGAAAAAAAAUAUAGAGACGGUACAGAUCCUACUCGCGGCCGGGGCUGAUAUGCAUCUUCAAGCCCAGGUCGGCGAGUACGGGACGGCGCUCUGUGCGGCACAGAAGAACGGGCGUCGUGGCGUCGAGCAGCUACUACUCGAAGCCGGGGCUCGUUCCCGCAGCCCGAGCUCAGCCCGGACGAAUACGCCGAUAGAGACAGAGACUCGGGAUACCGCUACCACGCAGACUACGGCGCCCGUCGAGGACGCGGCUAUACAUACGCCAGCCUUUGUGACGGGCAGGAUAUGGAGGCACCUUGUGCUAUCGGCAGUGGCUGCCCUUCUUCUCUCUUUUGUUUUUAAUUUCUUUGCCUACGGAGAGUCAUAG